GGCGCGCGGGAGGCGGUGUCUUCCGGGAGCCUGCGCUGAGGGGCGGAGCGGCUGCCGCGCGGCAGUCAGAGAGCUGUGCGAGGUCCUGGUUACAGCUGAGUCUCUUUGCCAGCCAAGCCCAGCUGGGGAGGGGGUCAGGGCCAUCAGGAUGCUUUGAAGAUCAGAAGAUUGAGUGUGUUAAGACUUUGUUAAAGUGGGUCAAAGAGAUUUGUGGAUUACUACAGUGUAAGAGUGAGGAAAGUCCCCGAAGCUCACUAUGUCAGGGAAACGGAAGCGUGUGGUGUUGACUAUUAAAGAUAAGCUCGAUAUAAUAAAGAAACUUGAAGAUGGAGGUUCUUCCAAACAGCUGGCUGUGAUUUAUGGAAUUGGUGAAACAACAGUUCGGGAUAUUAGAAAAAAUAAAGAAAAGAUUAUAACUUAUGCAAGCAGUUCUGAUUCUACAAGUCUUCUGGCCAAGAGGAAAUCUAUGAAGCCAUCCAUGUAUGAGGAACUGGAUAAAGCAAUGCUGGAGUGGUUCAACCAGCAGAGAGCAAAAGGGAAUCCCAUAUCUGGACCAAUUUGUGCAAAAAGGGCAGAGUUCUUUUUUUAUGCUUUGGGAAUGGAUGGCGAUUUUAACCCCUCAGCUGGUUGGCUAACUCGUUUUAAGCAGCGGCACAGCAUUAGAGAAAUUAACAUUAGAAAUGAAAGAUUAAAUGGAGAUGAGAAUGCUGUGGAAGAUUUUUGUAACAACUUUCGAGAUUUUAUUGAACAAGAGAAUUUGGAGCCUGAACAAAUCUACAAUGCAGAUGAAACUGGACUGUUUUGGAAGUGUCUGCCUUCCAGGACUUCAGUAAUGAAAGGUAAAUGUACUGUUCCUGGGCAUAAGUCAGUUGAAGAAAGAGUUACUAUCAUGUGUUGUGCCAAUGCAACAGGUUCACACAAGCUUAAACUUUGUGUUGUGGGCAAAGCAAAGAAACCUCGAUCCUUCAAGUCAACUGACACUUUAAACCUGCCAGUCUCUUAUUUCAGCCAAAAAGGUGCAUGGAUGGAUCUUUCCAUUUUUAGACAAUGGUUUGAUAAGAUCUUUGUGCCACAGGUUCGAGAAUAUUUAAGAUCCAAAGGUUUGCAAGAAAAAGCUGUGCUUUUGUUGGACAAUUCACCAACACAUCCAAAUGAAAAUGUCCUGCGUUCAGAUGAUGGUCAAAUAUUUGCUAAAUAUUUACCACCUAAUGUGGCUUCAUUGAUUCAGCCCUUGGAUCAGGGAGUCAUAGCAACAAUGAAGAGAAAUUAUCGUGCAGGUCUUCUUCAGAAAAACUUGGAAGAAGGUAAUGACUUAAAAUCAUUCUGGAAGAAGCUAACUCUGCUGGAUGCACUUUAUGAAAUAGCAAUGGCAUGGAACUUAGUAAAACCAGUUACUAUUAGCAGGGCUUGGAAGCAAAUUUUUCCUACCAUAGAGGAGAAAGAAAGCAUGGAUUUUGAUUAUGAAGAUAUUUCUGUGGCUACUGUGGCCACCAUUUUACAACAUACCAAAGGACUGGAAAAUGUGACUACUGAAAACAUUGAAAAAUGGCUUGAAGUAGACAGUACUGAACCAGGUUAUGAAGUAUUAACUGACAGUGAAAUCAUCAGAAGAGCACAAGGCCAGACAGAUGAAUCUAGUGAAAAUGAAGAGGAGGAAAUAGAACUAAUUCCAGAGAAACAUAUAAAUCAUGCAGCUGCUCUCCAAUGGACUGAAAAUUUGUUGGAUUAUCUAGAACAACAAGGUGAUAUGAUUUUACCUGAUAGACUGGUAAUACGUAAACUUAGAGCCACCAUCAGAAAUAAACAAAAGCUGACAAACUCAAGUCAAUAAUGGCAUUUUAAUUUAAUCAAUUUUGAUAAUUAAGUUUAUCAUGCUUAUCCUCUUUGCAAUAUGUUUUAAUUGUAUUUGUUUUUUGAAUUCUUCAGACACAGUCCUGUAAAAAAAAAAAAGUGUCUGUCUUAGCUUGCGAAUUGUGUGUUUUCUUUAUCUGUCUUGCCCCAUUAUUUUGCAGAUAAUCAGAACCUGAUACUAUACUGAUACCAAUGUAUUUAGUUGUGUAAAUCUGCAGUCAGUUCUUCAAAAACCAUGGCGUUCCCCAAGUUCUCUAGCAAAAGUUAGAAAUCACAGUGAACAAAAUUAAGCACUGUCCUAAAAUCUUUUGCUUGAACUUUGAGGGCUCCCACAAUAAUUUUUUCUUGUGCUACCAUAAACAGUUGUUUUGUGUAUAUGUAUAGGUUGAAAGGAUGAGAAAAAUGGGUAUUAUUAGAUUUCAGGAUGAUCUAUAAAAUGAAAUUUAGUAAUGGUGGGGAAAUAAUGAUCUGUUAAUCAUAAAAAUAACUUACAAAUUAUACUUCUGUUUUACAUUUGCGUGGGUGGCAAGAAGGGGAGAUUUUUCGGGAAAUGAAAUAUAGGAAGUAACUGCUAAAUGAGAAACUGUUGGAAAGCUGAUAUUUAAAAGUGGUAUUCUGAUCAAUUGUAGGAAAUGGAGUUAAAAAUUUUGGAAAGUAAGUUAUUUAUACAAAGAAUAUUUUAAUUUGGUCUUUUACUAUGAAUUGGGUAAUAAUAUACAUUUAUUAUUUAUUUAUCUAAUUAUAGUGUAGAUUUCUUAAUGCUUCAUGUAAUGAUAUGAGCUCCCACCUUGUAUUUGGUGAACAUCUUGGGAAUUUAAAAGUAAGGUUUGUUUUAUUUACGGAAUAUUAAGAAAUAUUACCUAUAACUUGAAAAAUUUUGUCAUACCUGACUUACUUGAUACGAAAAGAAGAAAAGAAUAAAGUUUUUAUUAUUUAAAACAAAGUCA